CGUUCUUUCAUUUUCAAGUUUCCGGAAUGGCUGACGCACCGUCGACAGCUCCUAAGGCCAAGGCGCCUAAAACCAAGGCCCCCAAAGAGAAGGCCCCGAAGGCUGCGCCCGCAGCACCCGCGGAGCCUGCUAAGGUGCCCCGUAAGGUGUCAUCGAAGCCCCGGCACGGUCGCCUCUACGCCAAGGCUGUAUUCACAGGCUACAAACGUGGUUUGCGCAACCAGCACGAAAACACAGCUCUCCUCAAGGUUGAGGGUGCUAAGGACAGGCAAGAUGCGUUAUUCUACGCUGGCAAGCGAUGCGUGUUCGUGUACCGUGCGAAGAAGAGGACGCCCAUCGCCGGCGGACCCCGUGGCAAGAAGACCAAGCUGCGUGCGAUCUGGGGCAAGGUGACCCGUACUCAUGGCAACUCUGGCAGUGUGCGCGCUCGCUUCAAGUCCAACCUGCCCGCUCAAGCCAUGGGACACAGGAUACGAGUGAUGCUGUAUCCUUCCAGGAUCUAAGAACCUCCUGUUAUUUGUAAGCCUAAAAUAAAAACCCAAAAAAAUUA